UUUACCCUAAUACCCUCCCGUACCCUAUUUUUCCUUCACCUUGACCUCGCGUCUUCCCACUUCUCGUCCUCGCAUUCCCAAAACCUCCCAAAACCCUCGUUCCCACCCGCCGCCGCCUGCCGCCGCCGCCGAUCCCGAGCAAGAUGAGUCGUCACCCAGAAGUCAAGUGGGCCCAGAGGAUUGACAAGGUGUACAUCACAGUGCAGUUGCCUGACGCAAAGGAUGCUAAGGUCAACCUGGAACCUGACGGUGUAUUCUCAUUCUCUGCCACUGCUGGAUCUGAUGGGAACAUAUAUGAAUCAAAACUGGACUUGAAUGACAAAGUGAAUGUUGAGGAAAGCAAAACAAGUGUUGGACCCAGGUCCAUAUUCUGUAUUGUAGAAAAAGCUGAGGCCAAAUGGUGGAAUAAGCUUGUUCGAGAUGAUCAAAAGGCACCACACUUUGUGAAAGUUGAUUGGGACAAGUGGGUCGAUGAAGAUGAUGAUGGUCCUGAAGUCAAUGUCGAUGGGAUGGACUUUUCGAAUAUGGGUGGCAUGGGAGGCAUGCCUGGCAUGGGAGGCAUGCCUGGCAUGGAAGGUUUGGGCGGCAUGCCUGGCAUGGAAGCUUUGGGUGGUAUGGGUGGUUUGGCUGGCAUGGGCGGUAUGGGCGGUAUGGGCGGCAUGGGCGGUAUGGGCGGCAUGGGCGGUAUGGGCGGCAUGGGUGGUAUGGGCGGUAUGGGCAUGCCACCUGGCAUGGGCAUGGAUGAUUUCGAUGAUGAGAGUGAUGAUGAAGAAGAAGUGUCGAAACCUCAAGAUGCGGGGAAGGCUGACGCAGCCGAGAAGUCCCAGGAGGAAGCCAAAGCAACUUAGAGCAACCGAGGGCUUCCUCAAUAAUCCCUACUUGAUUGUAUCCUCAUGUUUUUACGAAUCUGCGGAACUGAAUGACGAUUCUACUUUGUGGUAGGGAUUGGUGAUAUCUCAUGUAAGCUGAUGCCGUGAUACCUAUGGUUCAACUAUGCAUCUUACUGUCACUUGGCAUAUCAUGGGUUCUGAGAUUGUUUAUUACAGUGUACGCUCAUUGUUCAUGCA